CCCGGAACCUUCUUGCCAUCCACACACAUCGCCCAGAUCCCGCGACCGACCCUGGCGCUGCCUUGUUAGUCCUCCUGCUGGCUCGAUGGAGUGCUACCAGCACUUGACUCAACAGAGCCAGCCAUCCCGCGCCUCGUCCUUGCAAGACCCGAGAGAGGUGAUCAUGGUCGACAGGGGGGGGAGAGAGGGUCCGCCCACCCUCAUGGUACACGCCUCGCUCGUUGUGUCUGCUAACUCUCCCGUCGCCGUGCCUACUCUGUCGACUACUACCACGAGUACUUUAUGGCCCGCUCGCCCACCCUCCGGUGCUUGCCUCCUGGGUUGUUGAGCCGUUUCCGCCGCUACCAUAUCCUAAUUGUGCAUGCAAGCCUUCCUUUGUGUUACCCAGAUCCUCUGCGACUCCGUACCUGGCCGCCUCCCAGACGCAUAGUUUUCUUAUAUUCAACUCGGCCAUGGUUGACCUCGCCAUGACAUGCUAACUCCUCUCGAUCUCUCCGCCUCGUCCUAUCCCGCCGUUCGCCUCGACACGCGUUGCAACAGUGCUCCACUGGAAAUGGGAAUCCAACAGAUCUGAUACGAGUCCUGGUCCUCGGAACUGUUCACAUCGACGUAUAAGCGACGCCCCAACCAGACCGGACUCGACGCCCUUUGCCUGAUUUCGACUUUUGCAACUCAGCUACCAACUCUCCUUAAUCCACCGUGCUAUUCUUGGCUCUUCGCCGCCAGCAUCCAAGACGACACGCGACUAUCUGACAGCACGAUACCUUCUCCUUUGAUAUCCCAACCCCAAUCGAAUACAGCCGGCCAAGAUGGUCAACCUCACUGGGGUCAACUUAUGUCCGCCCCCUUUCUGGGACUCGAAGCUCUUCAGUGCCGAUGGAGGCUAUGUGGAUGGGCGGCUCUGCCAAAUCAUCCCUCCCGACACAAAAUGUUGUCUCCCGUGCCCAAUGGCGGACUGGGUCUAUCCGGACAGCUUCAACACAAUGACGGUCGUUGCCAACUGGGUGGCAGCCGUGAGCGCGAUAUGUUGCGUUCUCUUGCUUGCCUCGUGGGCGGUUCUUCCCGUCGACAAGACGAACCGCCACUACCUGAGCGUUUGUUUCACCUUUGGAGUGCUGCUGAUGAAUCUUGGUUUCGUGAUCCCGCUCGCGGCCCAGCCGGAUCAGUGCUACGACAAGAUCACCCCACACAGCAUGCGCACCAGCAAGGUGUGUGGUGCGUCGGGGACGUUUCUUCUUCUGGGAGGAUGGUGCGGCGUCAUGUGGGCGUUUCUUCGGUCCCUCUCCCUUCAUCUCCAGAUUUGCUGGCAAGUUCUCGUCGGUCGCAACUUUAUGUUCUUUGCGCAAGCGGCAGGCUGGGGCGUUCCCAUUCUCGGAAUCAUCCUGGCUCUCGUCUUCAGCGGUGUCUCGUUCCGAUUUGGAGCGACCUGCCACAUCAACCACAAGAACAGCCUGGCAGAUCUCUGGAUUCCUCUUCUCAUCUUUGCCGGAGCGACCGUGAUUCUCACCUUUGCCACGUUCGGCUACUGCACCAAGGUCUAUCUGGCCUCCUUGUCGGACAAUUCAGCCUCGACCGAGGGCUCGAGCUUGCCUGCCUAUACCAACAGCGUGCGAACCAUGUCUCCGCGCCAGGCCUACCGCCGAGUGAAACGCGUCAUCGCCCUGCAGUGGCGCGGCCUCGCCAUUGUCCUCAUCAUUAUCGCCGACGUCAUCUUCUUCUCGGUCGUCUUCGUCUUCCAGGACAACAUUGUCCAGUCGGUCACGUCGGAUCCGCGCGUCGCCAAGGAUUGGGUCUUGUGUCUCAUCGGGGCAUCGGGGGACAAGCACCAGUGCUUGGAGGAGGCCAAGGCGUUGGUGGUAAACGAGGCGACCGUUGUGGCCGUUCUGCUCCUGCUCGCGCUGAACGGAAUCUGGCUUGUCUUCCUCCUCGGCCGGUGGUCGAUGGUUACCGGCUGGUUCGAGCUCAUUCCAUCACUCACAAACCGCAACAAGAAAGAGUUUGUGUCGGUCGACGCCCGGUAUGAGGUCAAGAAAGAUACACUGAAAUCGCCAACCUCGGGGCGACGAACUCCGGACUACUUUGGGCAGACGGCACGAUAUCACGCCCCCGCGAGGUCCUACUCAAGCCCGCGGCCGCCGCAGGCGCAAGCCCCGGCCUGGGACCCGAAACAAAGCUUUGCGCGGCCCGACGGGUACGAGGACAUGAACCCGUUGGGCAUGAAUCGGAUCUAGAAGGGCCUUUUGCGUUGGCGGACGAAACUUGUGCAGACGCUGCUCGGACAUGGAAGGCGGGCACUAGACGGGGAGGUGCAUGGACGACCAAAACGUCGAAUACUCAGCGUGAUCGUCCCCGGGCGGCCACAACAAACCGCAUCGACCCGGCCCCCCUUGCCUCGAAACGGAGCAGCAGGCUGUCACGACAAGCCGGUUUGUGGUCAAUGACACCACGCCGGCUCCAUAUAUACCCCGCUCGCUGGGAGACGCAUGGAGGCAGUAACUUGCCACAGUGCGAUGUCGAAUUGCGAAUUUCAUGGACAGCGCGGCGUCACGGUCGUUUACGGUGUUUUUUUUUUCAAACUCCCUUGGAGAAUUCGAUGGAUGGGUGGGCGGACUAAGCCCAUGUGUAUGUAUGCGUGUGUAUGCCGUGUGUGCGUGUACAAAGUGCAGAUGAGCAAGGCCGGUCAAAGGUGACACGACCGCGACCAUGAAGUGUUUCUAGUUGUUCAAGAGAUAGAGAGAGAGAGACACGCUGCGUGUCGCGUCAAAUCAACAGACAUGACAAAACAAGAUCUAC